AUGGCUGACGAAUCUCCCGUUGGAUCUCCCCUUUCAACAAUCUCCAGUGACGCCUUCGAAGCAGAAUAUGUAGCAUCCCACAUGCCCAUGCCUCCCGCAAAGCGUCAAAAGAUAGAGGACGCCGUCUCAGAAUCUUCCGAUACUGAAGGCGAAGUUCCCAGCUCGCCGAGCAAUCUGCGACCAGAAGAUGACGAAAACCAUGAGCAGGUGACGGUAUGCGCCUGGGACGGCUGCGACGCUGGGGAUCUGGAGAAUAUGGAUCGGUUGGUGGAACACAUUCACAAUGAGCAUAUCGAGACGAGGCAGAAGAAGUAUACCUGUGAGUGGAUGGAUUGCAAUAGGAAGAGCUUGCCGCAUGCGAGUGGCUACGCCUUGAAAGCACAUAUGAGGAGCCACACCAGAGAGAAGCCCUUCUACUGCGCACUGCCUGAAUGCGAUCGUGCCUUCACACGUUCUGAUGCGCUGGCAAAGCACAUGCGGACAGUUCACGAAACCGAAGCUCUCCGCCCUUCAGACCCAAUACCUAAAUCGAUGCAGCCUGCGAAGACUUCACGGCGGCUGAAACUCAUCCUCAAGGCCUCUCAAUCCCAAUCCGAAGAUCCAUCGGCUGGGGCUACGAACGGUACGACGAAUGGCAGUAGCCCAGCUCGUUGGACCUCCUCAUACCCUGCCGAACUUGGUUUCACACCGGAAGAGGAGGGACGAGGCCCAGAGGGGCUGUGGCGGUAUUUACGGCGAGAAUUAGCCUGGGUAGAGGAAGAGGCAGAGGCAUUGAAACGCCAAUGCGAGGAAAUGGAGCAAAUCCGAUCGAAAGAAUGGGCGGAGAAAGAGGUGCUAUUAGACCAGGUUAUCAAGAGCGAAGUUAGCUACCAUGAGCGGAGAGCGGAGGUCCUAGCUGGAGCUGCGACGUUACCAACCGCGGAGGAGAUUAAGGUUGCGGCUGCUGCAGCAGCUUUGUCACCUCCGGCGAGAGGAAGCGUGUCGGAGAGCCCAGCGCCCGUGAAGGGACAGCCUGUGGAGGAUACGAGAGAAGCGGCAGCGGUGCUCGCAUCUAUGAGUCAAACAUGA